AUGCGAGCCUCACAAGUGCUUCUACUCUUUUUGACCACCAACAUGGGUGCUGCCAAUCCCGUCCCCGAGGAGAAGACAAACGCAACAUCUCCUGCCCCCUUGUCGAAGCCCGUCUUCCUCUGCAAUGACAAUGAUCUCGCCAAGAAAUGCAUGGGCGCACCGUACAAUUUCCGUUGCGACAUCAGUGGAAACGUGGUAUACGACGUGCCCGACUUUCAAUGCAGGGAUAGAGCAAAGUGCAGAUGUGAAAAGCCCUGCGACAAUCCCAGAAUCUGUUGA